AAUACCGAGUAGUUUCACGGUAGUUAUCUUAGAAAAAAUUGAAAUGCAUUUUAAUAAUAUUCUGUUUUUCUGCGUGGCGGCGCAAUGCUUUUUGCAUUGUCAGAGUGUUAUUGAACUUUUUCCAGGAGAACAAGAAAUGAUAAGAAACGCAUUCGCAAAACAUACAACAUAUACUCAAUAUUUUGUAGACGUACACGGCUUUAACCAAAUAAUUGACUACGUAGAACAGAUAUUGUCAAAAACCAUUCCCAAAUUUAAUGUAGAGAAUAUUGAAUUAAGAGACUAUAAAUUUGCUAUGGAAGAAGUUGAACGAAUCAUCAUGGUAUAUUUAAUUAGCCAUGAUCCACAAGUAACGGAAAUCGUAAGACAAGCGUUCAUACAACAUAACAAUAAUGAAAAUUUCGUAGACGUCGUCGGCCUUUAUAAAAUAAUUAAAACCGUGGCAAGGAACUCGUCCAAAAAAAAACCUAGGCUUGAUGUUAUGAAAAAGGCGUUAACGGACAGUAAAUUUACCAUGGAAGAAGUUAAAAACAUCCUCUUAGAAUAUUUAUAUGGCCAAGAUUUGCAAGUACUGGAAUUGAUAAAGAAACUAUUCGCAUAUUAUAAAAAUAAUCAAGGUGUUGUAGACGUCGACGGCCUACACAAAAUAAUUAGAUUCGUAGGAAGGAAAUCGUCCAAAAGAAAACCCAGUCUUGAUGUUAUGAAAUCGGUAUUAAUAGAUAGUAAAUUUAACUUGGACGAAGUUAAAGAGAUCAUCUGCGAAUAUCUUUUAAUCUACCAAGAUCCGCUAUUACGGGAAAUAAUACGAAAGGGGUUCCAACAACAUACAAUUUAUAAAAUUAGUUUUGUAGACGUCGACGGUCUAAAAAAAAUAAUUGACGACAUAGCAAAGAAAUCGCGCACGUCCAAAAAUACACCCAGUCUUGAUGCUUUGAAAACAGUAUACAGAGACCGUGAAUUUACCUUGGAUGAAGUUGAAAACAUGGUCUUGGAAUUUUUAAAUUCCCAAGACCCUCAAGUACCGAUAAUGAUUAGAGAAAUAGCCGAGAAACACGGAAAUUACAUGGACUAUGAAAAAUUGCUACUUGUAGUGGAAGAAGUGUCAGUGAAAAUGGGCAUUACCAAACUUUUUCCUACACUUGCUGAAUUUAAAGCGGCUGCAACAACUUAUAAAUUUCCUAUGGAAGAAGUUAAAAGAAUUGCCUAUGAACACGUGAAUUGCAAUCAUGAGUCAAUUCCGCUUAUGAUAAGUCCCAUACUCGAAAAAUAUAGCAAGCCAAAUGGUAUUAGCUACGAAGAGUUGAUACAUUUCAUUGAAGAAGUAAAUCAGAAAACCGGCUCGACGGGAGUAAUGCCCCCAAUUGAACAAUUGGAAGAGGCAUAUGCAAGCUACAAGUUUUCUGUGGAAGAAGUUGUAGAACUCGUCCGUCAAUUUGUUUAUUUGACUAUUUGAUUAUAAUGUCGACUGUUAUUAAAAAUUUCAUGUAUAAUACUUUUUUAGUAUAUCACAAUAUACAAUAUUGUAGUUUU